CUGCACCACGGGCCCGAGACAGACUGGGCCGGGAAGAGCCGGAGACGGAGGAGGAGGCGGAGGCGGCGGCGGAGGCGGGGCGACUCCGGUGACCGGGAGCGCCGCAGACUGGCAGCUGCGGCGACUCCCCCCUUUGUGUCUGGUCUGCCCGGAGCCGCUGGAAGUGCUUCCCGGAGGGGCGCGGGGUGUCUCGCCGCCUUGCUGCCCACCCCCUCCCCAGCCACCUACAUCCGCCCUCCCGGCGCCCCCCACCCUCGGCCCGCGACGCCCGAGCUCCGCCCGGAGCCUAGAGCUGCGGGAAAGCUAGGAGGCGGCGGCGGCGGCGGCUUCCUCGGGAGGGGGGGGUUGUGAUUCGCUCAGAGGAGCCAUUGACGGGAGAAGACAAGGCUUUCACAGUGGAAUUUACCUCAGGCAAGAUGGAGCGGCAGCAAUAAAAAAGAGAAAGAGAGAGGAGCGCACCCGGGAGAGCUAGAAAGGGCCAGCCUCCCGGCACCUCCCCUCCGCCCGCUGUCUCGGGGAGCUCGGGGCCCAGCCUGAGGACCCGUCCCCUCCCCCGCUUCCCACCGCCCCUCAGCCCUCCCGCCGGGACCUGCCGGACCCUCGUAGGAUUGUUCCGCGAAGGCGUGAAGGCCGUGGGUUUGUCCAUGGAGGCCAGCACCUUUUAUGAUCCAGUCGAGGAAGAGGAUUUGCUUUGCUCGAGAUCGGAGUAAGGGAAGCACCGAAACGAAACUUAAAAGGAAUCUUGCCCUCCCGGAGCACAGGCGAUGCGCCUCGGGCCGCCGGGCGCCGCCGCCGCCGCCCGCCCGGUUUCGCCCUUCCCGGCAGUCGGGAACUUGUGCUGAUCCUCGGCGCCCCUCGAAUCCCCGCUCCCCACCCCUCUGCACCCUGGAUAUGUUUUCUCCCAGACCUGGAUAUUUUUUUGAUAUCGUGAAACUACGAGGGAAAUAACUGCGGGGCUUUCUUCUUGUCUCCCUGCUUCUCCCCACAGACAUGCCUUCACUUUGGGGGGCCGAGGCACCCUGUCCUGGGCGAACCAACACCCGCAGCCGCAAGGGAGAGAAAUGAAGGGAAUUUCGGCAGCGGAAUGAAAGCUCUGCAGCUCGGUCCUCUCAUCUGCCAUUUGUCCUUUCAAACUGCAUUGUAAUACGGGCCGGAUAAGUCCGACGAGAGCUAGGACUAGCCUCCCGGCCGCGUUUCUCCGCCCUCGUUCACUUUCCGUAUUUCUUUUCUAUGCUCUCCUGCUUCUUGGCUGGCCCAGGGAUGACUUCGUCGAUGCGGCGGCUCCGGCGGGUGCCCUCGCUGCUGUGGACAGUCCUGCUGGUCAGCGCUGCGGCCGCUUCUCAGAAUCAAGAACGUCUUUGUGCAUUUAAAGAUCCAUAUCAACAAGACCUUGGGAUAGGUGAGAGUCGAAUCUCUCAUGAAAACGGAACAAUAUUAUGCUCAAAAGGUAGCACCUGCUACGGCCUUUGGGAGAAAUCAAAAGGGGACAUAAAUCUGGUAAAACAAGGAUGUUGGUCUCACAUUGGAGAUCCCCAGGAGUGUCACUACGAAGAAUGUGUAGUAACUACCACUCCACCCUCAAUUCAGAAUGGAACAUACCGUUUCUGCUGUUGUAGCACAGACUUGUGUAAUGUCAACUUUACUGAGAAUUUUCCACCUCCAGACACAACACCACUCAGUCCACCUCAUUCAUUUAACCGAGAUGAGACAAUAAUCAUUGCUUUGGCAUCAGUCUCUGUAUUAGCUGUUUUGAUAGUUGCCUUAUGCUUUGGAUACAGGAUGCUGACAGGAGACCGUAAACAAGGUCUUCACAGUAUGAACAUGAUGGAGGCAGCAGCAUCAGAGCCCUCUCUUGACCUAGAUAAUCUGAAACUGUUGGAGCUGAUUGGCCGGGGUCGAUAUGGAGCCGUAUAUAAAGGUUCCUUAGAUGAACGUCCAGUUGCUGUAAAAGUGUUUUCCUUUGCAAACCGUCAGAAUUUUAUCAAUGAGAAGAACAUUUACAGAGUGCCUUUGAUGGAACAUGACAACAUUGCUCGCUUUAUAGUUGGAGAUGAGAGAGUCACUGCAGAUGGACGCAUGGAGUAUUUGCUUGUGAUGGAAUAUUAUCCCAAUGGAUCUCUAUGCAAGUAUUUAAGUCUCCAUACAAGUGACUGGGUAAGCUCUUGCCGUCUGGCUCAUUCUGUGACUAGGGGACUGGCUUAUCUUCAUACAGAAUUACCACGAGGAGAUCACUAUAAACCUGCAAUUUCCCAUCGAGAUUUAAAUAGCAGAAAUGUUCUGGUGAAAAAUGAUGGAACCUGUGUUAUUAGUGACUUUGGGUUGUCCAUGAAGCUGACUGGAAAUAGACUGGUGCGCCCAGGGGAGGAAGAUAAUGCAGCCAUAAGUGAGGUUGGCACAAUCAGAUAUAUGGCACCAGAAGUUCUAGAAGGAGCCGUGAACCUGAGGGACUGUGAAUCAGCUUUGAAGCAAGUAGAUAUGUAUGCACUUGGACUAAUUUAUUGGGAGAUAUUUAUGAGAUGUACAGACCUCUUCCCAGGUGAAUCUGUACCAGAAUACCAGAUGGCUUUUCAGACAGAGGUUGGAAACCAUCCCACUUUUGAAGAUAUGCAGGUUCUGGUGUCUAGGGAAAAACAGAGACCCAAGUUCCCAGAAGCGUGGAAAGAAAAUAGCCUGGCAGUGAGGUCACUCAAGGAGACAAUCGAAGACUGUUGGGACCAGGAUGCAGAGGCUCGGCUUACCGCACAGUGUGCUGAGGAGAGGAUGGCUGAACUUAUGAUGAUAUGGGAAAGAAACAAAUCUGUGAGCCCAACAGUCAAUCCAAUGUCUACUGCUAUGCAGAAUGAGCGCAACCUGUCACACAACAGGCGUGUGCCAAAGAUUGGCCCUUAUCCAGAUUAUUCUUCUUCCUCAUACAUUGAAGACUCUAUCCAUCACACUGACAGCAUUGUGAAGAAUAUUUCCUCUGAGCAUUCGAUGUCCAGCACUCCUUUGACUAUAGGGGAAAAGAACCGAAACUCGAUUAACUAUGAACGGCAGCAAGCACAAGCUCGAAUCCCCAGCCCUGAAACAAGCGUCACCAGCCUGUCUACCAACACUACAACCACAAACACCACUGGCCUCACUCCAAGCACCGGCAUGACCACUAUAUCUGAGAUGCCAUACCCAGAUGAAACAAAUCUGCAUGCUACAAAUGUUUCACAGACAAUCGGGCCAACCCCUGUCUGCUUACAGCUGACAGAAGAAGACUUGGAGACCAACAAGCUGGACCCAAAAGAAGUUGAUAAAAACCUCAAGGAAAGUUCUGAUGAGAAUCUCAUGGAGCAUUCUCUUAAACAGUUCAGUGGGCCAGACCCCCUGAGCAGUACCAGUUCUAGCUUGCUUUACCCCCUCAUAAAGCUUGCGGUGGAAGUGACUGGGCAGCAGGAUUUCACACAGGCUGCAAAUGGCCAAGCAUGUUUAAUUCCUGAUGUCCCACCUGCUCAGAUCUAUCCUCUCCCCAAGCAACAGAACCUUCCUAAGAGACCUACUAGUUUGCCUUUAAACACCAAAAAUUCAACAAAGGAGCCCCGGCUGAAAUUUGGCAGCAAGCACAAAUCAAACUUGAAACAGGUAGAAACUGGAGUUGCCAAGAUGAAUACAAUCAAUGCUGCAGAACCUCAUGUGGUGACGGUCACCAUGAAUGGUGUGGCAGGUAGAAACCACAACGUUAACUCCCAUGCUGCCACUACCCAGUAUGCCAAUGGGGUAGUACCAUCUGGCCAGACAGCUAACACAGUGGCACAUAGAGCCCAAGAAAUGCUGCAGAAUCAGUUCAUUGGUGAGGACACCCGGCUGAAUAUUAAUUCCAGUCCUGAUGAGCAUGAACCUUUACUGAGACGAGAGCAACAGGCUGGCCAUGAUGAAGGUGUUCUGGAUCGUCUUGUGGACAGGAGGGAACGGCCACUGGAAGGCGGCCGAACUAAUUCCAAUAACAACAACAGCAAUCCAUGUUCAGAGCAAGAUGUUCUUACACAGGGUGUUCCAAGCACAAUAGCAGACCCUGGACCAUCAAAGCCUAGAAGAGCACAGAGGCCUAAUUCUCUGGAUCUUUCAGCCACAAAUGUCCUUGAUGACAGCAGUUUGCAGUUAGGUGAGUCAACACAAGAUGGCAAAUCAGGAUCUGGUGAAAAAAUCAAGAAACGUGUGAAAACUCCCUAUUCUCUUAAACGGUGGCGCCCGUCCACCUGGGUCAUCUCCACUGAACCACUGGACUGUGAGGUCAACAACAAUGGCAAAGACAGGGCAGUUCAUUCCAAAUCCAGCACCGCUGUUUACCUUGCAGAAGGAGGCACUGCCACAACCAUGGUGUCAAAAGAUAUAGGAAUGAACUGUCUGUGAAAUGUUUCCAAGCCUAUGGAGUGAAAUUAUUUUUUGCAUCAUUUAAACAUGCAGAAGACAUUAAAAAAAAAAACUGCUUUAUUCUCCUGUCAGUACCCCCUCCCACCCCUGCAACAAGGACUUGCUUUAAAUAGAUUUCAGCUAUGCAGAAAAAUUUAGCUUAUGCUUCCAUAUUUUUUAAUUUUGUUUUUUUUUAAGUUUUGCACUUUUGUUUAGUCUCGCUAAAGUUAUAUUGUCUUUUAUGACCACAGAAUUAUAUGUGUGUGUAUCAAAAGUGGUCUCAAAAUAUUUUUUUAAGAAAAAAAAGCAAAAACAAUGUAUUGCUGAUAAUCAGUUUGGACCAGUUUCUAAAGGUCAUUAAAUCAGAAACAAAUUAA